AGCAACGUAAAAUCAAACAGCUCAAACGUUCCACGCUGGCAUUAUUUGCGUCGUCAAUUAGACAACAUAAAAGGCUUAAGAUGAGCUGCAAAAUUCAAAACUUAAUCAAUACACUUGGGCUUAACAAUCACCUCAAUUCCUUUAAACUUAAUUCAUCAGAUUUUAAAAUUUCGUAAAUUUAUCAAUUAUAAAAAAUAUUAAGUCCAAAGUUCAAAAUACAUCAUUCUUUAAGUUUCGACAUUUGAUAGCAAGGCAAAUAACUGAAUUUAUUCAUAUAUAGCCGGCAUUUUAAUUGAAAUUUCGGUCGAACUUCUAAAAAAAUUUUGUCUCAAAAAAUGGGUAUUUUUGCUUCGAAAUUGUUUGAACUUUACAAAUCAUGGGGCAACGAGCAGUCGCGUGUUCUCAUGUUGGGACUAGACGCAGCUGGGAAAACGACAGUGCUCUACAAGUUGAAACUGAACGAACAAGUGACCACGAUUCCCACAAUUGGGUUCAAUGUGGAAACUGUAGAGCUGGGCAAUGGGUUGUCGUUCACAGUUUGGGACGUGGGGGGACAACAGAAACUGAGACCUCUGUGGCAACACUACUUUCAUCAUACUGAUGGUUUGAUUUACAUCGUCGACAGCAACGACCCAGAAAGAUUCAACGAAGCCCACGAGGAACUCAGUUCGAUUAUAACCGACGACAGAAUGCGAGGAGUGCCUGUGCUCCUGAUGGCCAACAAACAAGACCUACCGAAUAGCCGAAGUGUCUCGGAAAUAUCCGAGAGGAUGAAGAUGCACUCGUUGAAAGACAGAGCUUGGCACGUGCAAGGGUGCUGUGCACCUUCGGGUGAUGGGAUACUAGAGGGGAUGUCUGAGCUGUCGAGAAUGGUUAAACAGUUCAAGAAAAAUGGAGGCUCUAGAUAUUAAUCCCAAUCAAUAGAAACCAGAUAACAGUGACUUUUUUGAAACUUUUUUUUAGAAAUAAUUGCAGUGAUGUGUAAAUAUCAAAAGUAGAUAGUAGUUAAAUCUAACUUAGUUUUAUUUAUUCAUUUUUAAUGA